GUCCGCCCGCGGGCCCUGCGGUCCCUGCUCCCGGCGGCUGCUUCCCGGGCCGCGAUCCUCCGUGGCCAGUCCCCUGCCUCUGGGCAAAGUCCACCUAGUCAAUCCGCUGAUCAGCACUGAAAACAUGGUGCAAGUUUGGCCGGAGGUAUCCGAAACCCCAGAGUACACAUGGCGUAAAUUCAAGGAAAGACUUCAAGACUAGAAGACUUGGGAAAAUAAACUGGCAAACGACGCGCUGCGUAUAAAAAUUUCAGGCACCUUGGAAACAAAACGGGUAGUAACUAUUGCAGAGGCUCUGGACCACCCAAGGCACACCAUGGUGGAACUAGGAGAAAACCUGCCAGAGGAAGUGUUGGCGCUCGUCUUCAGCCUCCUGCCUCUCAGGGACCGCGCCGCUGCAGCUGGGGUCUGCAAGGCCUGGGCAACUGCUGCCACCAGCAGUGUCGUGUGGCACAACACAAGCAUCAGUUGUGAUUGUGAACUGGAAAGCAUGCUACCACCACAUCUGUCCACCUGCCUGGACCACGUUCACAACCUACGGCUUGAAUGUGAACCGUCCUGUAAACGGAGCAGGCAGGCUGCCAUUGAGCUGCUGACCAUGAUGGCUGGCCGAGCUCCAGGGCUUCGAGGCCUGCGUUUGGAAUGCCGUGGAGAGAAACCUCUCUUCGAUGCGGGCCGCGACAUCCUGGGCGCAGUGAGUGCCGUUUGCAGGACCGCGAGCAAGCUGAGUCACCUAGACCUCCGGCGCUUGCCUUUCACGCUGGACGACGCGCUGGUGCUGCAAGCUGCACACGGCUGUCCCGAGCUCCGGAGUCUUUUCCUGGAUAACCAUACGCUCGUGAACGGCGUGCAGCCCGGCUCCGUACUCGAGCUUCUGAAGGCUUGCCCGCACCUUCGCGCCCUUGGACUGCACCUGUCCAGUGUGUCACGCGCCGUCCUCGAGGCGUUGGCCGCUCCAGAUCGCGCGCCUUUUGAACUCCUGGCCUUGCGGUGCGCGUGCCCUGAAGAUGCUCGUGCGUCCCCGCCGCCGGAUGAAGCUUGGGCGGCCUUGAGGUGCCGGCACCCAGAGUUGGCGGUGGAGCUGGAGCUGGAGCCUGCCCUUUCUGAAGACAACGUGACUCGUAUCCUGCAGCCAGCGGUGCCGGUGGCUGUGCUGCGUCUCAACCUCUCGGGUGACACCGUAGGGCCGGUGCGCAUCGCUGCGCGCCACUAUGCGGCAACCCUGCGCACGCUCGAGGUGCGCGCCUCGCGCUCCCGGGAGCUGGACGCUGCGCUGGAGGAGCUGGCGGCGUGCUGCGCGGGCUUACGCGAAAUCCACUGCUUCUGCGUGGUGAGAGCCUCGGUACUGGACGCCUUCCGCGAGCGCUGUCCGCGCUUGCGCAGCUACACGCUCAAACUAAAGCGCGAGCCGCAUCCCUGGCGGCCCACGCUCUUGCGGUGAUUGCCCAAACCCACGGCUCCAGGACUGUGCAGGCCCGAGGCCUCUAAGACUCGGAAGCGAGUUGCUCAGGCGCGCCCCAGCUGCUACCCGUAUCCUACUUUUGAGAUUCUGUUGCCUCCUGCGCUUCUUGGGGAUUAAGGGCAGUGGGGUGACAUCUGAACCAAUCAGAACGCCGGGAGUCCACUAAGUUCUCUCAACCUCUGCAAGCGCCAAUUGUGUCUCGGCCCGUACUGGGGUCCCCCACCCCUCUGCGGUCCUCCGAGGCCCAGACUGGGGAGGGGAGCAUAAAAACGGGCCAAGUGUCAGAGGUUAGUGUGCAUUAAAUAAAGUCUGUGGUAACCCA